AUGACCUCAAUCCAGAUGAACAUGACAAUACCCGGAUGCGAACAGACCUAUCCAGAGCGAACAGACAAUCCCGACAGGAGCGCAGACCAAUACCGCUUUGAUGGAGCGAGACCAAUCCGUGAGAACAGACCAAAUCCGGAAGGAGCAGACCAAUCCGAGAGGAACAGACCAAUCCCGGACAGCGAACAGCACCAACUCCGUAACCAUACCCGGAGGAACAGAACCAACUCGGAGCCGAAAUCGUAUAAUCUAGACCCAAUCCCGAAGGAGCAGACCAAUCCGGAAGGCAGCAGAACCAACGUCCGGAGGACAAGAAGACCAAUCCCGGAGAAGCAGACCAAUCCCAGAGCCCGAACAGACCAACUCCGGCAGGAGCAGACCAAGUCAACGAACAGACCAAUCCCGGAGGAAACAGACUCAAUCCCGGAGGAACAGACCAAUCCCACGCGCGCAGGAACAGACCAAUCUCCGGAGGCAGCAGCACCAAUAGCUACCGGGAAGAAAGAACAAAUCCCGAAGGAAGCCACAGACCAUCCCGGAGUGAGCAGGGUAGACAAAUCCGGUAGGAACAGACCAAACAUCCCCGGAGAAGCGAGCAGACCAAUCCGAAGGAACAGACCAAUACCCGGGCAGGCAACAGACAAUACCCGGAGGCAAGCCAGCAUCCAUAUACCCGGAAGAAAGCACCAAUCGGGCAGCAGCAGACCCUAUCCGGAGGAACCAGAACAACUAACAACGAGGAGCAGACCGUAUCCCGGAGGAACAGACCAACUACCGGAGAGCAGCAGACCCAAUCCCCGGAGGAACAGAACAACUCCGGAGGAGCCAGCCCAAUCCGCGAGGAACAGACCAACUCGGAGCGAGCAAGACCCAUCCCAGAAAGCGAACAGACACAACCUCGGAGCGAACAGACACAAUAUCUCGGAGAACAGGACCAUUACAGGAGAGAAAGCACCCCAAUACCCGGAGGAACAGCCCAACUCGGAGGCAGCAGACCAAUCCGGAGGAACAGAACAAUCUCCGGAGGUAGUCAGACCAAUCCGAGGCAACAGACCAAUCCCGGAGGAACAGACCAACUACCGAACCAAUCCCGCGAGAGCAGCCCGAAAGCGAACAGACCAACUCGGAGGAUGCAGACCCAUCCCCUCGGGAGCGAACAGACCAAUCCCGGAGGACAGACACAACCCGGAGGACAGCACAGACAAUCCCGGAGGAACAAGACCAACUCCGGUGGAGCAGACCAAUCCCGAGGAACAGACAAUCCCGCGAGAAAUCAGCACCAACUCCGUCAAGAGCGAAAAGACCAAUCCACGAGCGGAACAGACCAACUCGGAGGAGCCAGAACCCAGUCCCGCGGAACACGACCAAUCCCGGAGCCGAACAGACCCAACUCCGGUAGGAGCAGCCACCAUCCCCGUGUGGAAGCGAACAGACCAACCUCCCCGGAGGAGAAGGAGCAGACCAAUACCGGAAGGAACAGACCAAUCCCGGGACGACAUGAGGAACAGACAACUCCGCGAGGAACAGACCAAUCCCGGAGAACAGACAACUCUCGAAGACUGCGAGCCAGACCAAUCCCCAGGAGAACAUGACCAUCCACCCGAAGGAACAGAAACAACUCCGAGAGGAAAGAAAGACCAAUUCCGACUGGAAGCCAGACACAAUCCGACGAGAAGGAAUAAGUUUAGUUCCCAAUGCACACCAAUAUACAAUCCCAGCCCAAGGAACAAGCCCAGUCCCGAGGAAACCAAUGACCUAAUCCCGAAGGCAACCCAGACCAUACCGAAGACCGCCUUCUCUCUCUGCUCCCACCGAGCGAUCGCUGUAACAGACCAGGCGCAGUCAUCCAGCCAGGCACACGGCCCAUCUCUAGCUUCCUCAUUCGCGACAGGGCCCUCGCUCGAGCAUAGCCCAAGCCAUGAUCUCCGUAGAGAGUCCCAUAGGUCUACCUACCCAGGCGUUGUCUCGCAGAGAGACAACCUGAUGGGCAGCGGUCGUCCCAUAGGGGAGGACGGAGCUAGUGUGGCACCUCAUAUACAAGCCACUGAGUUGGACGCGAUUCCCGAGAUUAUGCCAAGGAGCCUAACAGGUCCCCCCUGCCAGUACUCACGGCUGCAACCCGCCGAGUUGGACACUAGUGGGAGGCAAAACUAUGGCAGUCCAGUAUCAAGGGCCCUUGAAGACACUGCCUGCAGCUGGGUCACUUCUGCAAUAAAGGUACCCGGCAUCUCCAACGCUCUUGUAGCCAUCGAUGUCAUGGCUCCUGCUUGCCCAGACCAAUCGUACCUACCUGAGCUUCCUGUCUCUAGAACACCCAGAGAUACGGACUACGCCCUACCAAGCGCUAUGAGACCUCUAGUGCCUAGCGCACGGCCUUCGCCCUCAUUGCUACAUGCAUCAAGCAGCCGCCCACAAGUGAUCCAAGGACUCAGAAUAGCGAUGGCAACAUCCGUCGGCAAAGUCAAGCCGUCCGAGAACCUUAAUAUAGACACUAGGCGAAAUUCUUCGACAUACCCCCACCAACACUUUACAUGCCCACUAUUUCUUAGUACCAGUAAUAGAGGCCCCGUGCCUAUCAGAGCACAAAAUCUAGUGUUGGAAUUACCCAUAUUGAGCCUCAGGAGUCUCACCCAUAAGCGAUUCCCGAUAACUAGCCACCGAGUCAAACGGACCUUCUCUGAGACUCAAUGA